AUGGACAAAACUUGGAUGCACCUCACUGAUAGGUUUAGGUCAAGGGAAUAUGGCGAAGGAGUUAGGCAGUUUCUCAUAAUGGCUCGAGCUCAUGCCCUUGGAAACAACAAUAUUAAGUGUCCAUGUCGUAGAUGUCGUAAUAACUUGUUCCUGCCUAUAAGCCAGGUAGAACGACAUUUAUUUAUUACGGGCAUUGAUCCAACUUACACUGAUUGGAUUUUUCAUGGGGAGCAAGAACCGAUGAAUUUCAUGGGCCCCGACGAUGAGGAGCCUGAUAAUCUUGAUGAUAGUUACGUUGAUGACAUCGACGACAUGUUGGGUGACAUUCAUGCGGCAACCACAGUUGGGAUUGAUGAAGACGCAGCUCCACAUACCUCGGGAACUAGCACGGUUGAACCCGAACCAACCACUUUUGAGAAGCUCUUGGAAGAUGCUCGACGUCCACUUUAUGAUGGUUGCACAACAUUUUCUAAAUUAUCAUUUAUUGUGAAGUUGCUCCACAUCAAAUCAAUUGGUGGGUGGAGUAUAAAAUCCUUUAACAUGCUACUUAAACUAUUGAAAACAGCUUUUCCCAAAGUGCUCUUGCCAGAUUCUUUCCAUGAUGCACGAUCAUUGGAGCGCGGGCUGGGAUUUACAUACAUUAAAAUUCAUGCAUGUCCAAACGAUUGUGUACUAUUUUACAAGGAAAAUAUCAACAAGCAAGAGUGCCCAAAGUGUAAAGCAUCUAGGUGGUUGUCUUCCUCCACACCCUCUAAACGACCAGUACCCCAAAAGGUAGUGCGGUAUUUUCCACUUAAGCCAAGGUUGCAGAGACUAUUUAUGUCCAAGAAAACUGCAUCAUCAAUGAGGUGGCAUCGAUCAGAAAGGGUGCACGAUGAAAGCACUUUGCGACAUCCUGCGGACUCAGAGGUGUGGACCACAUUUGAUAGAGAACAUCGUUGGUUUGCUGAAGAUGCUCGUAAUGUCAGGCUCGGUCUUGCUAGUGAUGGAUUUAACCCAUUCAAUAAUAUGAGUAAACCAUACAGUAUAUGGCCAGUGAUUUUAGUUCCAUAUAACUUGCCUCCAUGGUUAUGUAUGAAAGAUCCGUUCUUCAUGUUGUCUGCUCUAAUUCCUGGGCCUAAAUCUCCUGGCAAUGAAAUUGAUGUUUACUUACGGCCUUUAGUUGAUGAACUACUUGAUUUGUGGGAAAACGGUGUUGAUACGUAUGAUGCCAUGGUUGGACAAAGAUUUCAAUUACAUGCAGCGUUAUUGUGGACAAUUAAUGAUUUUCCCGCAUACGGUAACCUUUCUGGCUGGAGCACUAAAGGAAAGUUGGCAUGUCCUUGUUGUAAUCUAGAUACAGAAUCUCAGUGGUUGAGACAUGGGCGAAAACAUUGUUACAUGGGUCAUCGGCGCUUCCUACCAGUAGGUCACAUCUGGAGAUCCAAGAAGAGCUCUUUUAAUGGCAAAGAGGAUCAUCGGUUACCACCUAUGCAACUUUUGGGAGAGGACAUACUUCAUCAAUUAAAUGGCAUCGGUCAUGUAGAUUUUGGCAAGGCCAGUAAGAGAAGGAAACGCGCACCCGAGGAGUUAAAUUGGACAAAACGAAGUAUCUUCUUCGAUCUACCCUAUUGGCCAUCUCUAAAACUUCGACAUAAUCUAGACGUCAUGCACAUCGAAAAAAACAUUUGUGACAAUGUGUUGGGUACAUUGAUGGAUAUUCCAGGUAAAACAAAAGAUGGUAUCAAUGCCCGACGGGACUUGGCCGAACUCCGUAUAAGAAAAGACUUACAUUUGAGAGAAGUUGGUGAUCGGGUUAUAAUCCCCCAUGCAUAUUUCAUGUUGCAUGGAGAUGAGAGAAAAAAGUUUUGUUCAUGGCUAAACUCGGUCAAAUUUCCUGAUGGUUUUGCAUCUAAUAUUUCCAGAUGUGUUAAUGUUACUGACUGUAAAAUAUCUGGUAUGAAAAGUCAUGAUGCCCACAUAUUCAUGCAAAGGCUAUUGCCAGCUGCAAUCGGAGGGUACUUAAGACAUGACAUCCGGGUGGCAUUGAUGGAACUUAGCUCAUUCUUUAGCGAAUUAUGUGCACGAACAUGUAAGAAAGAAGCAGUGAAACGUCUUGAGACUGACAUUGUCCUCAUUCUUUGCAAGCUAGAAAUGAUAUUUCCACCUAACUUUUUUGACGUAAUGGUCCACCUAGCUAUCCACUUGCCCCGAGAGUUGAUGCUUGGAGGCCCAGUUCAAUACAGAUGGAUGUAUCCAUUCGAAAGGUAUUUGGGAAAAUUUAAGCGGUACGUGAAAAACAAAGCCCGCCCAGAAGGGUCCAUUGCUGAGGCUUAUAUUCAUGAAGAAUGUUUGACUUUCUCAUCGAUGUAUCUACAUGACGUACCAACUAGGUUCACUCGAGAGGAUCGAAAUAUUGAUGUUGGUGUGCAAACAUCCGAGAUAUCUGGCUUCUCAAUAUUUUCUCAGAAAGUACGGCCACUCGGUAAUGCAAUAGCCAUCCACUUAGAGAAGAAACUAUUUAAAACUGCCAGAUGGUACGCCCUCAACAACUGCACCGAGAUUGACCAAUAUUUGGAGGAGCAUAAUAACAUUUUGAAGGAGCAGAGCAUAUCUAACAUUGAAAGGAGGCAUGAAGUUGAAUUUCCAUCGUGGUUUAGGAAACGUAUUCAAGCGCUGCGUGCUACGGAUCCUCUGAAUGUCUCUGAUGAUCUUUAUGCAAUAGCUUGUGGACCAGACCCUUGGGUGGGUUCAUAUUCUGGUUGUAUAAUGAACGGUAUACGAUUUCAUACAAAGCUUCGGGAAGUGAACCGUAGGACACAAAAUAGUGGUGUAGUAGUUACAAGUGAACACCAAGGGACUAUGGUUGACUUCUAUGGUGUUCUGAAUGAUAUAUUAGAGGUGAGGUACAUGGGAUGGCGACGAGUAUGGUUAUUUUCUUGUGAUUGGUUUGAUGUUGGUGAUACAAUUAGAGGUAUCAAGAUUGGUGACCAUCUUACAAGUGUCAAUAUGUCCAAAACUUGGUAUAAGGAUGACCCGUUCGUAUUGGCAUCCCAAGCUUCGCAAGUAUUUUACCUCAAAGACACAAAAUUAUCUGGUUCUUGGCAUGUCGUGCAGAAGAUCACAUAUAGGAAUGUCUAUGAUGUUGAAUCAGUACACUUAGAUGAUGAAGGGGAUGACUCUACCGAGGCCAAUGUGUUUCAAGAAGAACAGUCUUCUGAUGUUCUUACACAUGUCCAGAUAGACCAAAAUGGCAUUCAGUCUCCAUGGCUAAGGGCAGAUGUUGAGCCCAACAUUGUAUCCACUAAUGCAUUAUCUGGGGGAACUCAUCACAUUGUCGAGGACCAGCCUAAUAUGGAAGGUGUAUUAGAGGAUGAAGAGUCUCAUUCCAGUGAUACUAUGUCCAACCCUUCCACUGAUGAAGACCUACUUGAAGACACUGAUUCAGAGACCGAUGAUGAAAAUAGUUCCACUGAUGAGCAAGAGUGCUCAUCUAAUUCAAACUAA